GGGCGCAUGCGCGGUGCGGGGACCGGCCCGGGACAGCGGCGGCGGUGGCGUGUGGGGAGGGGGAGAGCGGGCGGCCCCGGUCCUGAUCCGGAUCCCGGUCCCGGUCCUGAUCCGGAUCCGGAUUCUCAUCCCGGUCCUGGUCCUGAUCCUGGUCCUGAUCCUCGUCCUGAUCCCGAUCCGGUCCUGAUCCGGGUCCCCGUCCUGAUCCCGAUCCCGGUCCCGGUCCCGACGCGGUCCUGAUCCGGAUCCCGGUGCUGAUCCCGAUCCCGGUCCUGAUCCGGAUACGGAUCCCGGUCCUGAUCCGGUCCUGGUCCUGAUCCGGUCCCGAUCCCGAUCCCGGUCCCGAUCCGGGUCCCCAUCCCCAUCCCGGCCCUGCUCCCGGCCCCGCUCCCGGUCCCGGUCCCCACCCGAACCCCAUCCCGGUCCCAGUCCCCCUCCCAGUCCCCAUCCCGGUCUCGAUCCCUGUCCCCCUCCCGGUCCCCAUCUCCCUACCGAUCCCGGUCCCCAGCCCCCUCCCCAUCGCGACCCCAGUCCCGAUCCCCAUCCCUAUCCCAAUCCCGGUCCCCGUCCCCUGCCGCAUUGCGGCCGCCCCCGUCCCGUCGGUGCCCCCCCCUCUCUGCUGCCCCUUUCCCCCCCGCUGUCCGCGCCGAGCCCCCGCUGACCCCCCCCGGGCCCUGCCCGCGGUGCCACCCGGAGCAACGAUCGCGGCCCCGCCGCUGCCCCGGGGCCGGCCGCCCCCGGCGGGACCAGGACCAUGAGCUUCUUCGGGUUCGGGCAGAGCGCCGAGCUGGAGCUGGUGCUGAGCGACGGCGAGAGCCGGCGGCGAGUGGAGCACAAGACGGAGGAGGGCAAGAAGGAGAAAUAUUUCCUCUUCUACGACGGCGAGACCGUGGCCGGGAGGGUCAUCCUCACCCUCAAGCACCCCAACAAGCGGCUGGAGCACCAGGGCAUCAAGGUGGAGUUCAUCGGGCAGAUCGAACUCUACUAUGACCGAGGAAACCACCAUGAGUUUGUGUCUCUGGUGAAGGACCUGGCCCGUCCCGGUGAAUUCACUCAAUCACAGACAUUCGACUUUGAAUUCACACAUGUGGAAAAACCUUACGAGUCCUACACGGGGCAGAACGUGAAGUUACGGUAUUUCCUCCGAGCAACUGUCAGCCGCAGACUGAACGAUGUGGUGAAGGAGAUGGACAUAGUCGUGCACACUCUGAGCACCUACCCGGAGCUCAACUCCUCAAUUAAGAUGGAGGUGGGGAUUGAGGACUGCCUGCACAUCGAGUUCGAGUACAACAAGUCCAAGUACCAUUUAAAAGAUGUGAUUGUCGGUAAGAUCUACUUCCUGCUAGUGCGGAUCAAGAUCAAACACAUGGAGAUAGAUAUCAUCAAGAGAGAAACAACAGGGACUGGACCCAACGUGUAUCAUGAGAAUGACACAAUAGCUAAAUAUGAGAUCAUGGACGGGGCACCUGUGAGAGGGGAGUCCAUUCCCAUCAGACUCUUUCUGGCUGGCUAUGAGCUGACUCCAACGAUGAGGGACAUCAAUAAGAAGUUCUCAGUGCGUUAUUACCUCAACCUGGUGCUGAUCGAUGAGGAAGAGAGGCGCUACUUUAAACAGCAGGAGGUGGUGCUGUGGCGGAAAGGAGACAUAGUGAGGAAGAGCAUGUCCCACCAAGCAGCCAUCGCCUCCCAGCGGUUUGAGGGGACGUCCUCCCACACGGAGGCCAAGACCCCCAGCCAGCCUGCAGAGAACAACGGCCGGCAGUGAGAGGCCACGCAGAGGAAGGCUGCUGUGGAGCCAGUGGGGACAGCAGCGUGGAGGAAGAAGAAACACUUCAGAGACUUCAUGAAAAAAAAAAAUCCGUUUUUGACUUAUUCCUUUCUUCAGAGGACUAGUAGGGUGCGAAGGGGAUGGGAGGGCAAGGCAAGCUGGAGCACUGGUGGUGUGGAGUUGAAGGUACCUCGGUGCUUCCCAGUCAUCUACAUUCCUCUGGGGUCGGCUGCUUUGAGAAAUGUGUCUGGAGGCUGCGGAGCUGCCUGAUCUCCUCUCGGCCCCGAGACCCUUUCAGUGCGGCAGCGGGGAGGGAGAGAGCAAGUGAAGGCCAAAUCUGCUGCUUCUUCUCAGCGGUAUGGAGGUUGCUUGGGGGCUGUGUGGGAUGGAUGUUUUUCUUGCCUUUCUGAAAUCUUCACGAGGGAAAAUGACACGAUGUUUAGCUGGAAGGUAGAGGAGGGAGUCAGAGGCUGAGGUGCGGCCUACUUGAAGCUGCUUCACGUUAUCGCCUUGCUGCCUCCCCUUCCUCUUCGUGCUGGUGGUGGAUUCUUUGUCACAAGCAAUUAUAUAACGGAGUCGAGUCAGCCCUGGGCUGCUCUGCUACACAGUCGCCUUGCUGGUGGAGCAUGGGCAGCAUGAGAGCUUUUGUGUCCUUGCUGUGGGAGCUCCUGACUGCCAGGCUGCGUCAAGGGGAGCUGUGGUGGUCGGUAGGAGGGAGCGAGGUGUGCGAAGGCAGUAGGAUGUGGCACAGGCUGGGUGAAGGUCAGGAGGGAGCAAGGAGUGCUGCUGGGUGGUCAAAAGUGGAGGCAGGAAGGCUCUUGGCUGAGAACAGCGCCUUCCAAGCGUUGUCCCUGCUUGAGUGUCCCUGAGAUUCAGUCUCUGGUUGCUGCAGUCUUCCAGGUCCCAGUUGCUGCUGCAGAGCAGGCGCAGACCAGCCUCGAGAGGUCUGGAGAGCAGCGUUGGAAUGUGAGAAGUGAAUGGGGGCUCAGUGGGAGUGGGUUUGCAUUGCACAUACUGCCCUGCUCAUGUCUCGUGUCCUUGUGACGGAGCAGGCUUUGUAGUAGGACAGAGAACAGUAUAGAAAUGUGUGGUUUUUUUUUUUUUUUUUGCUCCCUCAUGCCUGCAGGAUGAGGAUUAGUAAUGUCAGAAAGUAGUUGCAGUCGCUUAAGGAGCUCAUGGCUGUUGCAUGCUGAUAGAUGAAGCCAGGCAGCAACUGGAAGGAUGGUAAGAGUUUUCCACUUCCAGAGGGAUGUUCUGGAGGCCUGAGCUGAAGUCACCAGUGAGGUCUGAGGGUAUGCCAUGAACUGAGAACCCGAAUCCAGUUGUGUGGUGUUUUUUUUUUAAUUCUAAAAUAAGCUGCUUUUAGUCUUCAGCUAAGUCGAAUCAUGAGAACAUUCCCAGAAGGGACUCACUCCUCCAUUAAAAAUUAGAUGUGGCUUUGUAGAUUUGAUUGACUGAGUUUGGAGAAUAUCCAUCCUGGUUAGAUGCCCUUCAAAGAAGCAGGUGGUUAGACCUCCUACCAGAUGGAGAUACAAGGCUGCACUAAAUGCUGGGAUAUGAGCUCCAUUGGGGAAUUGUCUGAAUUUCCCUGCGAGUUUGUGGCUCACUAUGGUUUUGUCCAGCUUCCUUUUGACUCUGGAAUGAACCUCCUCUGCCUCUGUCCUACAGCUGCAGGCAGAACAGUUUUCUUGCAGCUGGGAAACGCAAGCAUCUUCUGCUUUGUUCAGUGGAAUGGUGCUGGUGGAGGGAAUGGGGUCUGGGUGGGAAGGGGAGCUUUUUAUGUAAUAAGACAGCUACUGUAUUUCAGUGAUAAAUGUGUGUUUCUGCUUGCCAAAGUAAGUUAUCUUUUACUCACCACGUGUAAGGUUGUGGUUUUUAGUAGAGCUGGGCAGUCUUGCUCUGUUGUAGAGGACACUAAUGAUCUCAUCUCUGCUGAGUGCUCGUGUCACACCAUGUUUCUGCUCUGUAAUCAUGAAGACUUGGCUUGCACUUUACAUGAGAGGUCUGUGCUGUGGGCUGGAGCCGUGUCUUCCUAAGACUGAAGCAAAAGCUUACUUUAGACAACUACGUUAUUUUGCCAGGGCAAGGAGUGGUAACCCGCUGCAGGUCUCACAUGGAAAAGGAAUCUGGAUAUUACUUUGACACUCACUUAUUCUACUCCCCCUCUAUGAAGGGAGAAAUCACCUGUGCUGUGGCAAUACACAAUCUUUUAGAGACAAAUGAAGCUCCCAUUGGGAGCCCCUGGGAUAGCAGACCACCUUUCUAUGGCUAAGCUGAGCACAGCAGCACCCUAACCACCCUCUGCUUUCCCUCAACUCACAUCCCACCUAGAAUUUUCUUUCCUUACGUAUUCCUUUUGAUUGUAGGCCACGUGGUAUUAAAGAAACCCCAUGGAUGAUGUCUCUGCAUUCCAGGAGUGGUUUGUUUACUGGCCAGACAGCAUCAGUACAGGAUAUAAGAUAAUUGUCUGACAAGAAAAUGCGCUGUAAGGAGAUUUCUGUUAAAUAUCUGUUCAUCGCUUUGGGACAGAUUACUUGGAAAAGGUGCAUGAGCCUACAUGGUUGUUUGUGGUUUUUUUGAGGGGUUUGUUUUUUCCUACUUUGUGCCCCUCUCCCAUGUCCCUAGCUGCAGAAUCAGAAUUUAGAAACAAUCCCCACUUUUACUUAAACUAAAUGGACCGUUCAACCUGUUACCCACUAGGCCCUCUGUUUGGGGAGGAACAGACGUGCUGAGCAUCUUGAGCAAGAAGUUGAAGCAUAAGGUCACUCCAGGACAAGGUACUAUUAGAAAAGCAUUUCAUUAGCAUGGUAAGGGGCAGACACUACCUGAGCUGCUGUGUCCCCCCUGAGCUGGAUGGUUCUGCUCAUUACUUGGGUCAUUCCCUCUCUCCUACGCAGAGUCAGGCAGGGGGGAGUGUGCAAGUACUAAACCAAGCAGUGCAACUUGUAAUUAAGCCUCUGCUGUGUUUACAUGUUUCUUAAUUCGUCGUCUUUUCAAUGGCUGUAAUUUUAAAACUUGGGUUUUUUGUCUCUCCAAUUAAAAAGAGCCAGCCUUGGCUGUCAAAUGC